AAACAGUAUUUUAGUGUCGUGUAUUAAAGGCGGAUGAGUGAACAUGUUUUCGUCAAAGAAACUGGCUUUGAAUAGAACCAGCCGAGAAAUAUUCAGAGAAAUCAGGAGGCAUAUCAGUAAAACGACUGGCGUUACCAACAGCGAUGCAAUUUCCAGACAAGAAUCUAAAUUGGGGGGUAAUCUCGACUUGAAUGGGUCAGACUAUGGGGAAUCAAGGAAUAAGUGGGCAAAAAUCAGCAAACAGAAUAAUAUGAGAGCUCUGUCCACAAUCCAGACUAAAGUCAAGCCACCAGUGAGUAGUACCCCAGUGUUUUCUAAAGAAGAUAGUCGCGAGUUCAUGGCGAUAUUUCCCGAUAUCGUCAGAGAUCUAACAGACGCAGGUCGUCAUACAGACAUUCCGGAAGUAACCAAAAGGUUCGCCAAGGUUUUACAGUACAAUGUGCCUACCGGUAAAAAAACUAGAGGACUCUCGACUGUGAUCGCUUACAAAAUGCUUGAAAAACCUGAAAAUUUGACACCUGAGAACAUCAAGCUGGCCAAUAUUUUAGGAUGGUGCGUCGAGUUGCUUAGAGGCUUUGGUGUUGUUGUAGAUGACGUGAUCGACAAUUCAGAGGUGAGACGCAACAACCCUUGUUGGUAUAGAAAUGAAAAUGUCGGUAUGAACGCAGUUAUCGACGGCACAUUACUAGAAAGCAGCAUUUACUCCAUACUGAGGAAAUAUUUUUUCGAUCACCCCUCGUAUGUUCCGAUAUUAGAGUUGUUCCAUGAUGUCACGCUAAAGUGUUCAAUGGGAAAAUCUCUUGACGGCGUUAUCAUGAACAACGCAGGUUCCGAUUUGAGCAGGUUCACGAUGAAAAAUUAUAAUUUGAUCAUGAAGUACAGGACCGGCUACCACAGCUUCCAAUUGCCCGUCGGAGCAGCUAUGUACCUAGCCCAAAUGUAUGACCCCGAACAACACAGACAAGCGAAGACGAUCCUUUUGGAACUGGGGCAGUUUUAUCAAAUACAGAAAGACUUCUUGAACUGUUUUGGAGACAGCCAAGUAACAUGGAAACUUGGCUCCCACAUCAAUGAAGGAAAAUGCUCGUGGUUGGCAGUAGUUGCCCUACAGAGAGCGAAUCCCUCUCAGAGGAAAAUAAUGGAGAAAUAUUACGGGCAACAGGGUGAAGAAUCUGUAGAAGUCAUAAAGAAUUUGUAUAUAGAAUUGGGACUUCCGGCUACCUACGCUUGUUAUGAAGAAGAAAGUUACAAAUUAAUUCAUACGCAUAUUCAACAAAUAUCUAAAGGAUUGCCCCACAAAUUAUUCUUCACCCUUUUGGAUAAAUUGUUUGAGAAUCAGUGAUUCCAUGGUCUCUUUGAACUUUGUUCAAUCUUGAAUAAACCUUUGAUAAAAUGGACGAAGGGCGAGAUAAAAACUAACUUUUAUGUGAUAAAUUUUAUUCAUGCCAUAUAUUGUGCUUUACAAAUUGUGUUAGGAUAUAAUCUGAUAAAUAAUUAAGUGAAGCUUUGGUAUUGAAUUUGGUAAAUUUUUAUACCAAUUUUAUAUAGAGGGUUUAUAUUAUUUGUUAAUAAUAAAAUAUAUAUUAGAU